AUGUUUUCACCAAGUAAGAAGUUCCCAAAGUCACCGCACACAGCGGUGCCUUUGUACGGUCUCUUCAAGGACGGUAUCUGGUGCUGCAACUGUCCUGCUCGGCCCCCGGCAGCUCGGCGCCAGACAAAGAACGGCGGAAAGAACCAUGGGCGAUGGUUUUACACUUGCGAGCAGCUGCCCCCGAAAAAGUGCGGCUUCUUCCUAUGGGCCGACGAAGCUGAACCGCGCGAGAAAGCCGUCGUUCUUUCAAACUCCCAUUCCGAACUUGAUCCCCUCGAUUCAGUGCCACGAACUCCCACGAAGCCUACACAGCGUGGACCAAAUGGCUUAUUGACACCGCAAACUGAGCGUCGGAAUAUCGACAUUCCACCACGCGGAUUCAAGACACCACCACAGACUGCGAAGGCGAGAAUGAUGGCAGAGGACUCUGAUGAAUUUGGCUGGAACGAUAAUUCUGAUGACAACGAGGAAAUCGCGCAAGUGUUGGCAUCUAGCCAAGCGGAUCAGUCUAUACUGUCGCAACCGGUCUUCUAUCCCGAGCUGCCAUCGAAAGUACCGCGCACACCCAGAACCACAUCCCCCGGCAAGCGCAAACGGAUAUCCGAGUUUGCAUUCGACCAGUCCAAUAGCAGCUCAUCGGCAAUUGCCACGCCUGCUUCAACUCGUACGACUCAGUCAGCUCGAUUCCCUCCAUCCUCGGCCGAGCUAUGCAUGACGCCCACACCAGUCAGAAACCGCGACGCACUGAGCUUGGACUGCCGACCAGAAGAAUCGGAUCUGUCCAAGAGCGCCUGCGCUAUACUUGAGAAGCAUGGCGUUGUGCUGCCGAACCGCGCAUAUGACGAACUUGUCGAGCUUCUGAAUCGUCAUGAUCUGAAGUUGAGGGGAGUUAAUCGCGCAAGAGAUAUCCUGCGAGUCGCGAUGAAGAAGAAGGAUGAUGAGAUAUUCCAUCUCAAGGAGAAGAAUACAAAUCUCCAAGCACAGAAUGAGAUGGAUCGAAGUAUCAUCGAUAGUAUGAAGCGUUGA